UUAUAGCUCAACAAUGAUGCUUACUUUGGCCAAUUUAUGUAUUAUGAACUUUUUCAUUGCCAUCGUUGAAUCGAAUAUAAGUAUUAGGCUGUUGAGGAAGACUGGACGGAAACCGAAACCUAGUGGAUAUGGCAGUCGACCUCGUGGAGUUCCAUUCGCACGUGGGCCGUUCUAUGCAACCGGUGAAACAUUUGCAUGUGUAGACAACUCCAAGUCAAUUCCAUUUUCGCAAGUUAAUGAUGAUUAUUGCGAUUGUCCUGAUGGAAGCGAUGAGCCAGGAACGUCUGCAUGUCCCAAUGCCAAAUUUCAUUGUUUGAAUCGCGGUUUUAAGCCUGACGAUUUACCAUCAAAUCGAGUGAAUGAUCAAAUAUGCGAUUGCUGUGAUGGGAGUGAUGAGUGGGAUAGUGGAGUUGAUUGUGCUGAUAUCUGCAAUGAAUUGGGGGCGAAGUAUCGAGAAGAAAUACGUCAAAAAACUGAAUUAGUUAAGCAGGGUUUUGUGAAGCGGGUAGAAUUGGUUGCAGCAGGUCAGCAGCUGAAAAAUGAAAAAUUAGAAAAGUUAAAGUCUUUGAAAAAGGAGUUGGAUGAAAUAAUAAAGCUGAGGGCCGAUGCCCGAACAAAAAUGGAUGAGAAAGCCAGUCUGGCUGAAGAAGCGAAGAAAAAGCAUGAAGAGACUUGGGAGGAAGAAAAGCAAAGACUUAAGCAAGAGUACGUGCAAAUACUAUUCACUGCAUUCGACUCAAAUAAAGAUGGGAAGAUUACUUUGGAAGAACUGAAAUUGGCGAAGGAGUUUGAUAUAAAUGGGGAUGGGGCUGUUUCUGAUGACGAGAUCAAGCAUAUCUUACCUGAUGGAGUAGAAGAGUGUAGCUUCGAACUUUUUUCGGAAAAUGUUUACGAAAAUAUACGCAGUCUUUUUGAAAAACCAAGCGAAAUCGCGACAGAAAUAGACGAAAACGAACAGCUACCAGAUAGUAAUGGAAUCGAUACACUACGGGAAAUCAAAUCGAAUGAAAGUGAAAGUAUUGACGUGAAAAUCCCUCGAAUUCCAAAUAUCGAUUUAAAUCGGCCAGCGUUCGAUAAAGAAACGCAAGCAAUAGUAAAAGAGGCAGAGAAUGCAAAGAAGGAAUAUGAUGAUGUUGAUAAACUCUGUACAGAUCUCGAAUUGUCAAUCAAAGAUUCUGAACAGUAUGAUGGUGAUGAUUUUGGAACCGAUAUGGCUUGGGCCUCGCUGAAAGGGAAAUGUUUUGAAAUGGAUGAAAAUGAAUAUACUUAUAAAUUGUGUUUAUUUGACAAAGCUGUGCAGAAGGGUAAAAAUAGCGCUAUCGAUACUGAUUUAGGCAAAUGGAGUGGUUGGAUUGGAACUGAACCAAACAAAUAUACAUUGCAAAGCUACGAGAAAGGCACACCGUGCUGGAAUGGACCGGACCGAUCCACAAAAGUAGUCACUGAAUGUGGAGAGGAGACGCAGUUAGUAGGAGCAUCAGAACCAAGCAAAUGUGAAUAUCUUUUCACUUUGCGUUCCCCUGCUGCAUGCCCAGAUCCUACCACUCUUAUUGAUCAACAUGAAGAACUUUAACUGUUUGAUACACAUGUUAAAAUAUGAUGCUAAAUUACGAAAAGCUGUUCAGAAUUCAUAUUGUUUUGCUGGACAAAGGUAUGAAUUUAAAAGUUGAAAUGCUCAAGGUAAUAGAGAGAAAUGAUUUUCAUUGUUAAAAAUAAUUUUGAAGAACAAACCUUCAAAGUUCUUCCACAAUUUCGUAAGCGUUUAGAUAGUGUCAUAUCUCA